CCUUUUCAAGACACAAACUGAUUUUAACGUGAAACGUCACAGACGCUCUGGGGAAAAGACGGAACGUGAAGCUACGCGACGGACCACGCGUCAUAUCCGGUCCACCAGAUAUCAACAGUCAACAUGGCCGCCGUGGGUCUCUGCGCUGCAGCAGGAUUUGGACAUUGGCUCAGGUCGCUGAGACGGGUCGGAGCCGCCCUCAGGGGAAUAAACGGCGGCACCUGCUACUAUAUGACGUCGAUGGCGAGACUCCCGGCCUGGAGAGCAGUAAGAGGAAAUGACGUCAGAAGACUCCAGAGCACGGCGAUAGGACGAACGGGAAAGGAAGGAGCGGCGGUGCUGUGGACCGCAGCAGCGUUUUCUCUCUUCAGGUCCAAAGGUGAUGAGGAAGAUGAAGCAGAAAAAAAAGAAGAAGAACUGAUCCUGCUGCUGAAGAGGGCAAAGCUUCACAUCCAGGGUGAAAACUUCGACGCGGCGUCAGAGUUUCUUCAUCGGGCCGCGGCUCUGGCCCAUCAGACCAACAACCACCAGGCCGUCGUCUACACCUACAUCCAGAUGGCCAACCUGGCCUUUCUGCAGGGCCAACUGGAGCAGGCAGAGAAGCUGUUUAAAGCUGCCAUGAGCUUCCUGUUGGCGGGAGGAGCGCCUCUGGAUCAUAACGCUGUGGUGGAGAUGUCUCUGAAACUGUCCUGUAUGUACGCUGAACAGAACAGGGCGGAGCUUGCUGAGCACGGUUUCAGGUUCUGCAUGGAGUCUCUGGAGGCCAAACUGCAGAAGGAGGCGGCGCUAAAAGAAGAGGAGCGAACAGAUGAACAGGAAGUUGAAAGGAAAAACACCCGCCUCCUCCUGGGAUUAUGUCUGGACUCACGCGCCCGGUAUCGAACGUCGUCCCUGCGUCUGCAGGAGGCCUCGGAGGACUACCAGAGGGCGCUAGAGAUCUGCAGCCAGGAGCAGGGACCGACGCACCCGCAGACCCUGGUCCUGAUGAAUGACCUGGCCACAGUCUUGGAUCUGCGAGGUCUCCACGACGAGGCCCUGGUUCUGGUCCAGCAGGCGGUGGAGCUGAGUCGAUCAAGUGGACAUCCAGACCUGCACAGACUUUUGGGAAACAUGGCAGGGGUCCUGCUGCACAAAGGUCGUCUGGACCAGGCGCUCCGUCUCUAUCAGGAGGCUCUGAGUCUGUCUCAUCAGGUCCAAGACCAGGAGACCGUGGACCAGAUCCUGGACGGUCUGGAGGAGGUGAAGAGGAGGAGAAGGCUGCAGGAGACCAAGGACAAGACCAACAAGGACUGACAGUCUGUGGACUGUGUCCUCACCGUCUCCACUGUCUGUGCGCACACACAGUGGCGCCUCCUAGUGUUUCCCACGCUGCUGCAUUAACUGGUGUUUACUGUGGAUUUACAGAAGAAAAACUCUGUGUGAGAGGAAACAAAGAGGAGUCACAUGAUCUCUCUCUCUCUCUCUCUCUCUCUCACACACACACACACACACACACCUUCCUGAUGAUGAUUUUCUGUAUUAUGUUCAAUCGUGGAUGAAUAAAGUUGGUCUGUUGAUCUA